AUGAAGUACCUUGUUCCGGCACUCGCUGCCGUCGGCGGUGCCUACGCGCAGAGCUCUUGCAGCGUUUCCGGUACCACCACCAUCAACGCUGCCGCUGAUGCCUCUGCCCUCUCCGCCUGCUCCACCUUCUCUGGUUCCAUCGCCAUCGCCUCGGGCCUUGGCGCACCUGUCUCGAUCCCUGGUGUUAGAAGAAUCACGGGAGACCUUGUCGCAACCAACAACUCCCAGAUCCCCUCCAUCUCGGCCGACAGCCUCCAGACCAUCGGUGGUGCCUUCAUCCUCAACGAGCUCCAGAUUCUUUCGACCCUGUCGUUCCCCCAGCUCAGCCAGGUCGACUCCAUCCAGUGGAACGCCCUCGCUGGUCUCCAGCUUCUGUCGUUCACCACCGGUGUCCAGCAGGCCAGCGAGCUCAACAUCCAGAACACUCAGCUCCAGACCCUUGACGGUAUCAACCUUGCUGUUGUCGACACUGUCUUCAUCACCAACAACAACUACCUGAACGACAUCUCUAUGCAGCUCGGUAACAUCACCAACUCGCUCAACAUCGAGUCCAACGGUGGCAACGUCUCGGCCAUCUUCCCCAACCUGAUCUGGGCCAACAACAUGACCUUCCGCAACGUCUCCCAGAUUGCCCUCAACUCGCUCGUUUCCGUCAACGGCUCGCUCGGCUUCUACUCCAACGAGUUCGAGUCGCUGCAGUGCGCCAACCUUACCACUGUUGGUUCCAACAAGGGUGACUUGACCAUCGUCUCCAACCAGAACCUCAACAACGUCUCCUUCCCUUCGCUCAAGAAGGUUGGCGGUGGUUUCUCCAUCCAGAACAACACCGAGCUCAUGGUCAUUGACGGUUUCCCUAAGCUUGCCACUAUUACUGGCGCUUUCGACCUUUACGGUGACUUCACCAACGUCUCUGCUCCUGCUCUUAACGAGGUUGACGGUGCUUUCAACAUCCAGUCUUCUGCCCAGCUCGGUGGUUGCGACGCCUUCCAGAAGCUGAAGUCUGGCUCCCAGAUUCGCGGCAAGUACUACUGCAACGGUACCGUCGCUAAGCCCUCCGGUGUUGGUUCCAGCCCUAGCACUACUGGCUCCGGCUCCUCCAAGUCUAGCUCCACCGGUGCCGCUAACGCCAUGUACAUCCCCACCGCCGCUGCUGGUGUCAUGGGUGUCGUUGCUGCCAUGUUCGGUCUUCUGUAA